AUGUCUGAUUCAAUCAACGACCCAGCUGCUGCUGCAGCUUCAGGCCCUUCGGGACCUAUAGAAGAAGUUCAAGUGGACGUAACGAAGCUGACAGCUUUGUCACCUGAAGUAAUUUCAAAGCAAGCUACCAUCAAUAUCGGUACGAUCGGACAUGUAGCUCACGGUAAAUCAUCGACAGUAAGAGCCAUCUCAGGUGUGCAGACCGUCAGAUUCAAGAAUGAGUUGGAGAGAAAUAUCACCAUCAAAUUAGGUUAUGCUAAUGCCAAGAUAUACAAAUGUCAAAAUCCAAACUGUCCCCCUCCAUCAUGCUACAAAUCGUACCCAUCAAGUAAAGAAUCUAACCCUAAAUGUGAGAGACCUGGAUGUGAAGGUCGUAUGGAGUUGUUGAGACACGUAUCUUUCGUUGAUUGUCCUGGUCACGAUAUUUUGAUGGCUACCAUGUUGACGGGUGCUGCCGUUAUGAACGGAGCUCUUCUCCUUAUUGCAGGAAAUGAAUCAUGUCCUCAACCGCAAACGGGUGAACAUUUAGCUGCGUUGGAAAUUAUCGGUGUAGACCCCAAGAACAUUGUGAUUCUUCAGAACAAGAUGGAUCUGGUGAGAGAAAGUGAAGCUAUGGAACAUUGUGAGAGUAUCAAGAAAUUUGUUGAAGGUACAACCGCCCGACUCGCCCCUAUCAUCCCCGUUUCCGCCCAGUUGAAAUUCAACAUUGAUGCUGUCGUACAAGCCAUCACCAACAUCGCUCCUCCAAACUACGAUUUCACCGCUGACCCACGAAUGGUUGUCAUCCGUUCUUUUGAUGUUAACAAGCCUGGUGCUGGUGUCGAUGAAUUGAAAGGUGGUGUUGCUGGUGGUUCCAUCUUGCAGGGUGUAUUCAAGGUCGGUCAAGAAGUUGAGAUCCGACCAGGUUUGAUCACGAGAGAUCAAAAUGGUGUUUGUACCUGUCGACCAUUGAGGUCAAGGAUCGUCUCCUUGCACGCCGAACAAAACCACUUGCAGUUCGCUGUACCAGGUGGUCUGAUUGGUGUGGGUACUUUAGUCGACCCAGCACUCUGUAGAGCGGAUAGGUUGUUGGGUAUGGUCAUGAGUUCAGUCGGGAAAGGGCCUUCGAUCUACACUGAAAUCAAAGCUGAAGUGUUCCUACUAAGAAGACUCUUAGGAGUGAAAACGGACGACAGCAAAAAAGCCAAAGUAUCCAAACUUGUCGUUGGCGAGACCCUAUUUGUCAAUAUCGGAGCUUCACAAACUGGUGGAAGGAUCAUGGCUGUUAAAGGUGGUGAUGUGACGAUAGCGUUGACUACUCCCGCAUGUACCGAAAAGGGAGAGAAGAUUGCUUUGUCGAGAAGAAUAGAUAAACAUUGGAGAUUGAUCGGUUGGGGUAAAGUAAGAUCGGGAGGUACCUUAGCUGAAGUCGUUGAUCAAGAGUAA